GGGUUUAGGUGCACUUGUAUAUUUGGCAACACUACCUGCUGAUAAGGUGGUGGCCAGGCAGAGGCAAUGGUGCAGUUCACACCAACUGUUGGCAGGCAGAGUGGGCACCAGCUGGUUUAGGUGGUGAAACAAAAUGUGAUUGAGAACAUUGUGCCCAUCUUGAUUGCUGUGAAACAUAAGCUAGAGGAGCAGCGAUCACCACUCAUGAAACAUCUCCUUCUUUACUUGAAGGAGCUCAUGAAGGAUUAUAAAAAUGAGGUGAGGGAGAUCCUGGCAGGAGACAAACAACUAGCAAAGGAGAUAGAAUUUGACUUAAGGCGGUUUGACAAAGAGCAGUGGGAAGAGAAGAAUCAGCGUGAAGAGAAUGAUCAAAGAAUCCCAAGUAGAGAGAUCAGUAAUAAAGGCAGUAACCAUGAUACUUUGGGUUCUUCACCAGUUUUGAGAGAGAGAAGGUUAUCAGUAGUAGAGGAGCAAGAUACUUCAAGACCUUCAACAACCUGUCUGCCUCCACCAGCAAAUAUUAAAGAGCUGCACACAAGGGCUCAAGUCUUUAGUAAGGAUGCUACUGCUAGAAGGAAAUCAGUAAGUGUUGCAGGCUGUGUGGAUGGUAUAAGAGAGCCAACCAAACUCUUGCAAGCAACUGUAAGGUUGCGUAGAAUUAGUAUUGCUGAUUUCAGAGAGCAUAGUUGUGAUGUCUUUCCAACCAGGGAGGAAACAACACAUGUUGAUCCUCGUGCAAUUGGAGGAUAUUUGCCACAGGAGGAGGAAGGAGAAGAAGAGCCAAAUGAGAAAGAAGAAGCAAUGAAAGAGAAAAUGGAAGGAGAAGAGGAGACAGUGGAAUCAGCAAAAGAUGAAAGCAGGGAAGGACCAAUAAAAAACAAAACACGGUCAGAAUUACUCAGAGCCAUCAGCACUCCUUCUACUGAGAGAACACUAAUUAAUAACUUGACUUUUGUCAAUGAAACUCAAGAAUUGAGUGCCAUUAACAUAAAUUCUACAGUUGCUUCAGAAAAAAGUAAUGCUGGGGAGCUGCAGCUUCACUCUACCAGCCCAACAUCUCAUAAACAUGAAUCUGACUUCAGCCGCCUCCGCAAAACUUCAAAAGACAUGCAGCAAGAUCCUAUCGAGUCAAGCAAAGAUAAAGCAAAAGGUAAAAAGAAGGUCACAGGACAAUUGUUUGAAUCAUUUGAAGCAGAAAGUUCUCUUAGUGAGGCAGAAUCCACUUAUGAGAGUGAUGUUUCAGCAGUUACAGCUCAGAGUGCUGUUAAGAGAAAUGAAGGGAAGAGAACUCGGCAUGUGGCUUCCCUAAGUCCUGACCCAGAAAAAAACAAAUCUAACACACAGACUGAAAGACCUAAACUUAAGAAACACAAAAAAAAGACAUAAAAGUGUACAUGCUGUUUAUGUUAUCUGUAAUUUUAAAGUUGCAAAGGCUUCAUUUCUGUUGUAAAGCAUAAAUAAUCUUAUGCAUAAAAAUUGUAUUAUAUAUUAAAUUUCGCCUUUGGUAGCAUUCAUUUACUGUGUUUCAUUAUUCUAGUGAGUUUAUAAAUAUUUUUUACUGCAUAAA